CGUCGAGACUUCCGGACGAGACUUUUUAACCUUCUUCUUGCACUCGGUAUCGUGGACUCCAACGAGCUGCGAAGAAGGAGAACGAAAUAGAGGAGAAGAGGGUGGAAAUGAAGAAGGAAAAGAGGGAACCGAAGAGAAGGAGGAUGUAUAUAUAAUCUAGAAUACAUUCGGAACAGCACAUCAGUUCUUCCAAAAUCGACAACAAUGAAGAUCUACCUCCUUUUCUUGGCGGCAUUUGUCGCAACUGUACUAGCUAGACCUAGCAGAAAGGAAAGCAACGCUGAUGCAAGUGCCGCCGCAGCAAACGCAGCAGGAAGCUGUAGCGAAAACGCAUUAUCUGAUGCUAUACCUGAGGAUUUAGGACAAGGCAGACUGCUAAAUGAUGGAAGUGAAUCUGCUCAACAAGAUGGCGAUGCAAAUUCUCCCUUAUCACAAUGGGACAGGAGAGCAAGACUAUCUGAUGUAAAAGCUAGUGCCAUAGCUUCCGCUUCGUCACUAUCAAGCAACUUGAAAAAGAAUACAAAAUCAUCUGAUGCAGUAGCUAAUGCUGCAGCUUCAGCCUCGUCACAAGCGAACAGCUUGGGAAAGAGAGCAAGAAGAUCAUCAAAUGCAGAAGCUAAUGCUGCAGCUUCAGCUUCGUCACAAGCGGACAGCGGAAAAGGUAAAUCCGCAAGUGAAUCUAAUGCAGAAGCUAGCGCUGCAGCUUCAGCCUCAUCACAAGCGGACAGCGGAAAAGGUAAAGACGCAAGUGCAUCUAAUGCAGAAGCUAGCGCUGCAGCUUCAGCCUCAUCACAAGCGGACAGCGGAAAAGGUAAAGACGCAAGUGAAUCUAAUGCAGAAGCUAGCGCUGCAGCUUCAGCCUCGUCACAAGCGGAUAGAGGAAAAGGUAAAGACACAAGUGCAUCUAAUGCAGAAGCUAGCGCUGCAGCUUCAGCCUCAUCACAAGCGGACAGCGGAAAAGAUAAAUCCACAAGUGAAUCUAAUGCAGAAGCUAGCGCUGCAGCUUCAGCCUCGUCACAAGCGGAUAGAGGAAAAGGUAAAGACGCAAGUGCAUCUAAUGCAGAAGCUAGCGCUGGAGCUUCCGCAUCUUCACAAGCGGAUAGAGGAAAAGGUAAAGACGCAAGUGCAUCUAAUGCAGAAGCUAGCGCUGCAGCUUCCGCAUCUUCACAAUCAGACAAUGGAAAGAGCAAAAACACAAGUGGAUCUGAUGCAGAAGCUAGGGCUACAGCUUUAGCUUUGUCACGAUCGGACAGUGAAAGAACCAAAGACUCAUGUGAAUCUGAUUCAGAACCUAGGGAUCCACUUUCAGCAUCUUUACGAGGAGAUAGAAGAAGCAAUAGAGGAGUGGAAGCUCUUUCAGGAACUUGGGCUUCAGCAGCGUCCGCAGCACUAAAUCGUCCAAAUGGCUUAUUUGGAAGUUUAAGUAAUGCAUUCAGUGGUGGCAUUGCCAGAGCAAACUAAAUUUGCCAUUAAGCGAUAUAAAAGAAAUUAAAAUUUAACCAGAAACUAUUCCUAAAAUGUGAUUGAUUGCAUUCGAUAAGUCUAUCAAACUUCUUCUCUUCAACAUAAAUUUCAAAUAUAGUUAAUAUUAUGAUAAUUUUUCACAUAUAUAUCCUAUAGAUUCUAUCAUCGCGCAAAUCUAUUG